AUGCCUGCCCCGACGGCGCUGCAACGCGCUCCCUCAGAGACCCUCGCCGAUUCCAUGUUAUCACAAGAACCCCACGACAUCCCUCUCCCGCUCGAAUCGAACGAAGAAAAUAUUGAAGUGGACAUAAUCACAGCGCCUCAACCCGCGAGCGACGUACCUCAGACACAAGAAGGAGCAGACGCAGAUGUCGCCAUGCAAAUCGACGAAGAAGGCCGUCCGCGGUUCGCCCCCGUGUCGACACAGAACGCCUCGACGACCGCUGUCCGAAUACAGUCACGCAAAGUCCCCGUACCGCCGCACCGCAUGUCGCCGCUCAAGCAGAGCUGGGCGAAGAUCUACCCGCCGCUGGUGGAGCACCUGAAGCUGCAGGUGCGGAUGAACGUGAAGGCCAAGGCGGUGGAGCUGCGCACGUCGCGGUUCACGACGGACGCGGGCGCCCUGCAGAAGGGCGAGGACUUCGUGCGCGCCUUCACGCUGGGCUUCGACGUCGACGACGCCAUCGCCCUGCUGCGCCUGGACGACCUGUACAUCGAGACCUUUGAGAUCAAGGACGUCAAGACCCUGCAGGGCGAGCACCUGGGCCGCGCCAUCGGCCGCAUCGCCGGCAAGGACGGCAAGACCAAGUUCGCCAUCGAAAACACCUCCAAGACCCGCGUCGUGCUCGCCGACUCCAAGAUCCACAUCCUCGGCGGCUUCCAGAACAUUCGGAUCGCCCGCGAGGCCGUCGUCAGUCUCAUCCUCGGCGCUCCCCCGGGCAAGGUGUAUGGGAAUUUGAGGACUGUGGCGUCGAGGAUGAAGGAGAGGUUCUGA